AUGUCGAAGCUUUUCUCGAAGGUUGCAAACUUCUUCAGCUCCCGGUCGCUGGUGGGAGUGGACAAGGUCGGCAACCGCUACUUUGUGAGGAAGGAGGAGGUCGACGGUGCCUGUGAGUCACCAUUCUAAUCGUGAUUAUCUCUCCCUCAUGUCUCUGUCCUUCUGUACCUUUUUUGAUCGGGGAAUCUUCGCCUUUUGCUCUUAGGAAUUUUCACUACCUGAAAUUUUUAGGCUUUAUUUUUUUCUGUCGUCCGUUGUCCUGACCUCUCUUUCUGUCUAUAACUAUCUUGGUUUAUCUAGCACAAAAAUUUUAGGCUUUUUUCUUGAAAACUUCUGCGAACAGAUGGUGGCCAUUAUAUUUGAUUCCUAACUAUGCGAUCUGAUGACGAUGAUGUUGACAUUGUCAAGGGCGUAAAGUGAUUCAGUUUGUGUUGUGUGAAUAAUCCGGGGCAUUCUUGUGAGUGGACAUAUAGACGAGUGAGGACUUAUUUUUGAACUCUUUAUUGCGGCAAAUGGAAUUCCAGCCUUCAUUUGAGAAAGGUUUCUCCGUGACAUUCUCAAGAUACGUGUGCUUAUUGAUGAUGACGGUAAUGAUGACAGUGUAAGUAGAAGUAAGCUGAUUCUGAUUCUAUUGUAUGAUCUAAGAUUUUUCUUUCAUGGAAGAAAGUAGAAAUGCACGAGUAUUUAUUAGGAUAGUCUUCACCUGACUCUUUUACCUCUAGGCUGUUAGCCAUCUGAGAAACGUUUCUGCGAAUUGUUGAUGUUGAUGAUGAUGACACAAUAAUGAUAGCUUUGUAAAGGGGCGCAAGGCAACUUGUUUGUGAUGUACGCAAUAUCUCACCUGCUUGGAACCUCAAACUGAAUAGCUUUUAUUGAGCCCACUAGUUGAUAGGUCAUAAAAACCAUAAGCGUGCAAUGCUGAGCCUAGAUCACACACAAGAGCUGACUAUCAAUUAAAUUUUACAGUUCAUAAAGAUCACAACUAGUUUUAGUCCUUUCCUGUUAAACAAUUAUUUACAAUGCAUCCUUGCAUCCGCCUAAUUCCUAGGAGUAAUGUUACUUGUUGGACUGCUCAAUGAUUAUAUUUAUGAGAUGUUGAUUCACAAUAGUGGAAUAGGCAGUAUUGAAAAAUGUCUGGGAAGUAACCUCCUCAAUUUUUUCCAGUCAUGGGUCAUAAUUGGAAUACUUUUUUACUAGGCUUAAUAGAAAUCAAUACUCUCUCAAGUUUUAACUUCAUGACAUUCAAAACAUUUCGACUUAUAAGUUCUGCAUUUUACCUGACUAUUGAGAGAAUUUUUUGUUGUAAAAUGUAGCUUAGAUUGUUAUUUUCUUCCAUGGCGUUCUGUGGGAUGUGCAGACAUUUCUCUUGCAGCAGCAUCAAGUAUUUAACAUAUACAUUGCUUAAAAGCGGAUAUUGUCGAUUUAUUUCUCUAGUUCUGUCUGAGGAUCUUGUUUUCUGAUCUUAACUAUGUAUGGCAGUGAAGGAGAAGCGCUGGGUAAUAUUCAAAGGAGAGGAUGAUCCCACUUCGAUUCCUGGUUAGUAGUAUGCAAACUAUAGUUCAUUUAUUGCUAGCUUCUCUUGUCAACUCUGGUUUGCUCUGAUUUUUUUCUGAAGCUGAAGAACUUUCUUCAUGAUCACAUCAGUUGAUUUCAUUAAUGACAGACCUCCAAUUGAAAAGUAACCAUUCAAAUUAGAUAAUGGAUUCUUAACGCAUGGAAUGUUUUGUUUAUUUGCUUUGCUUAUUUUGUUUGUCGACAUCAUUUGUAUAUGGUUUUUGUUUGUCUGAACAGUUGAUUGAGCCAAAGUAAAUAUAAUGUUCUAGCCAAGUGAUUUUUCUGCCUUUCAAACUCUUCUGGCCUUAUUAGUUGUGGAUACAUGUGAUUGUAGUUGAGUGGAUAUGCUGGCUGAAUGGACAACGGAAGAAAGCUCCUUCUCCUGAGGCAAGGAUAGUGAUUAUCAUCUUCCGUUUUAACUGAACUCUAUGAAAGAUUUUUGCAUUUCCCCAACUAAUUCUUCCGCAUAAUCCUCAUUUUUCAUUAUUAUUGAAUGAAAAUCACAAAACUCAGGGGGUCUUUGUGACAAUGUUAGUGAUCACUGAAUGUGCUGUAACUUAACAUCUUGCAUUGUUCCAUAUGUUUUCAACAUAAUUGCCAAAAAACUAUAUUAGAUAGGUUGGUACACUAUCAUAUGGUCACUUCACAUAUUUAGCAAUGCCUUUUGGAUCAACUCUAACUUGCUCCCUGAAAUUCAAUUGUCAUAAGACUAUUAGUCAAAAGUUUUUAUGAGCAUAAAAACUUUUCUAUACCUUAAUUUUAGGGUUCUGCCAAACUAAUUCAUUGUAACAUAUUAGAAGGAACUUAUUGCAAAUAUUUUGUAUUAUUGUGAAAUUUAUAAAAAAAGUAUGUUGGAGGGUCUAUUAUGGGAUGGGCAUCUUCAACUUCGGGAAGACAGUACCUUAAUUGCUGCUCUCUUGAUGGAAUGAAUCUUUUGCUCUCAUGUCCAAACGCUGGAAAAUCUCUAUUACUCUCUUUAUUUAGGAAACCAUGUUUCAGAUGGAUCUGCUUUAGAUGAGACAAAAGAAUGAUCACAGCUUCAGACAUAAUCGUCUUCCAAAGAGCUGAAGAGGCUAUUUAAUAUAAGUAAACUCAGUUGUGUUCAUCCUUUUGUUUAAGUCAAAAUCCCAUCACCACAAUCUAUCAUAUUUUUUGUUUUUUUCUCUUCUCACGUAUGGUCUUUAAGCAACGUAAUAUGCUGGUUUUCUUCUUGUAACUUCCAAAAAUUUAUCUUUUACAAUCACUUUGUUAGUUCAUGUUUGAUCGCAGUUUUUUUUGUCAAAAUGAAAUAUAGUUCAAUGGUAGCCACUGCAAUUGUUUUUGUGGUGCUUAUCUUCAGGAAAUGCUUGAGCUGGAGGCAAGACGUGAACGUCUCAGAAUAAAUAUUGAAUGUAAGCAUCUCUCAAUUCGCCAUUAUGAUUGAGUGCUUUUUCUUUUGCAGUUGGGUACCUUUUUCUAUCUCCCUACUUCAUUGUGUAAUUGAAUUGUAUGAUCUUGGACACCAUGCUUGCUGAGAUUAUUUGCUAUGAUUUUUUAGUGAAAUGAUUAUUAUCAUUUAAAAUGCAAAAACAUGAAGAUCCCGAGUAAAGAAAAGAGCUCACCCUAAAGAUAACGAUUUUGCAGUAAAGAAGGAAAAUUGCAUUCCAUAUCAAGAAGCAUUACCAUUGAACCGAAAUUAGUUUGACCUAUGUGAAUAUUGCAAAUCUGAUGACAACAGCCUGAGCUGACUUAAGUUUUGGGGUUUCUUGGUUGGCUCUCAUGAUUGAGUCACCUGAUAUAAUUUCAGAGUUCUUGGUAUAUGAAAUUUCUGUUUUUAAGAAGGUCAUUUUUUUCAGCUGCAAUAUACCUGUUUUCUAAGUGUUCUGAUGUAUUAAUGGAUUUGUUAGUAGCACGUAAAAUUGACUAAUGCACCAUUCUUUUCCUUCCUUCCAUCCUCUCUCUAUCUGAUGUUUUUUAACGCUUCAAUGUAAUUCUUACACACCUGAUGCCAGAAACUGGGUCAUGGUUAGUACCUUUUAUCUCUUUUCUAUUCUCAAACUUGAAAGUCGAGCACAAUUCCUUUGUUCUUACUGUAUCUGUUUCCAUUACAUUGUUUCAUGUGUCAGAUAUUUACAGUUUCGUUUUUAUGUGUAAAGUAUAAAACCAGCCAUUAUUGUCAUAGAAGAAUGAUGAGACAUAAUGUCUGUCGAUUCCACUUCAGACAGAAUUUAUCCGUUUAUUUAUUUAUUUUAUUGUCCAUGAACCUUGAAUAUUUUCAUGCAGUGAGAAAGAAAGAAGAAGAGGAAGAAAGGAAGUCCAAGGGUGGCAUUGUUCAACAUAGCAGAAGCACUGGUAAGAAAUAAGACAAUCGUCUAUGUAACCUUAUCCAGUCCACUUUUAAUUUUCAAAGUUUUAGGAUAGUUAGAGAGAAUCUAAUUUCUUUCUAUUGUCUGAUGGUUAUCUUUCACUUGAAUCUUUUUAAAAUAAAGACCAGAAGGGGUUCAUGAGUUAUUUAUAGACUUCCUUGGAAACUUGAGUUCAGCAAAUGAUAAAUUUGAUUUUUCUUCUAAAUAGUAUAGCUUUUGUUUCUAUAUUCGGUUUUGGAAUCAGGGGGGGACUUAAUUUCAACACAGAGUUGCCCCCUUCCCCCCUAAAAGGUGUGCUUUCUGCCUAAGGUUCCUUUGUACAUCUGCUAGUGGGCUAGCGAUUACAACCUACUUGGGUAACCCUGCUGGUUUCCUGAUCAGUUUUUAAUUUAUACUAGGGUAAAAGAGUCUCCUUUACUCCUGUCGGCACCUUUUUAAGGAUUUGGGAUGAAGAAGAAAAUGGAUAGUCACUUUUACUUUGCUUAAUGGAUGGACUACAAUAGCGAGAAUUGAUGACUAAGGAGGCUCUUGUGAAACUUUAAUCCUCUAAACAUCAUUGAAUAAUAUUUUCCAUAUGAAAACCCUGCUUCAUAGGAGGUGUUUUUGUCUGCUUCAUAGUCCGUUUCAUACCAAAUGGUCAUUUGGCUUGAACCCCCCAUGAGUCACAAUAGAGUGUUGACCUUGAGACUGCCCCAAUCUAGACUAAUCCAAAGGGGAUGCACUACAUAUAUUUCGUUAAAUUAUGAUCCAUACAUUACAUCAUUAUCUAAAUUUUCCUUAAUUCAGCGUAGUAAUAUCCCAAGGAUCCACACUCUCUAGUCAAUAUUUAUGUAUGGGUAUUUGACCAGUUCACCGAUGGACUAAAACCAAUUCUUCUUAGAAAAGGUUAUGUCCAAAUUCCACGGGGAGAUCUUAUGAGAUUAAUGCUUGUAUUUAUUUAUGUAACUGGAUUAAUGCAUUUUAUGUUCAUCAUCUUUUAAGUUUCUAGUCAAUUGAUAUGGUAUCUAUUCUGCGUCAGUUGGCUAAAUCUAGAAACAUCAUGAUCCUGAACAUUUAAUGUUGUUAAGUGAUUAUUCUCUCUUCCAGGUAAAAUUCAGUCCCCCGACCUCAAAAGCUUUGUUCAGCAGUUUCCUGGCGCUUCCUUUGAUGAAAACAGAGGUAUAUACCGUAAGUUCCCCUUCUACAUAUGAGGAUGAUGAUCAUCAUGAUAUAUAAAUAUAUAACAUAUCGUCUUAUUUAUUUUUUAUAUAAAGCUUAAUCAUGGAUUACUUUAGCAAACAUCUGUGAGUGAUGUAAAAAUGAUUCUAGUUGAAUUAUACCAGUUAUCUCCGUUAUUUCUUGAACAUUUUUUUCAAAAUCUAAACAUAAGCACUGAUAGGCAUAUAUAUAUUCUAGAUUAAUCAUGGGCUAUUCUACCAAAGUCGCUGAUUAUGAUAUUAAGAUAACUCUACUUGAAUUAAUUUAUUUUUAUUGCAUCUUGAACAUUGCUUUCAAAUGGUUAAUAUUAGAAUCUUAUUUUUUCCUUUUCCAGAAAUCAAGCUGUUUUAUCUUAUUAGGCUCGACAAUGCACCGUAAAUAUAAAUGUGAAAAAAAUGAAAAAAGGGUGUCUAUUAGUUUUAGCCAGAAUAAAGCGAGUUCCUUUUUCUAUUAUUGAGAGUAGUGGAAACCCACCCACCCACCAUGUCUUGAAGAUAAUCUGUUGUAGAAUGUGGGCUUAAUACAAAAAAUGUUUCUCUGAAAUAAUGUGCUGACUGUUAUUUUUCCUAAAUUUUUUUCAUUAUAAUUCGAAACUCAGGCAAUGACUCCGAGGAUGUAUCAGCUGCAACGGGAGACGAAGCAAGGUAAACUUCCAUCUGCUUGCCGAGUUUCCUUUUGUGGGUAUGCUUUCUUUAUUUUUGGAUGCAGUUGAACUGGUGGAAUUGGGCGGGUUGAUUCAGAAAAAAAUCUUAAUGCACCUUAAAUUAUUGAUUUUCUGGGAGAUUUCGCCACCCCAAUUGCACUAAUUCUCCAUCUUUGUGACGCCCUCAACACUAAGGAGCCUCAUAAGAUUAGUGGGUAGCCCAUUAUUCUAAACCCUAAACCUUGGGUCAAAUCAAAAUCUGAACUUUGUGAACGGAGAAGUACAAGCAGCAUUCGUGAAGUAGGACAUCCAUUAUUUCUGAAAUCAAGUGACAUUGAAAGGGAACCUGUUGAUAAUCUUACCUGAUUAAUUGUUUCCCACUUAAUUUCUCUAAAGUUGUCUGAUCCUUGUUUGGGAUGAUGCCCUAAACCUCAGAAAGCCUCAUAACACUAGUGUCGGCCCAUUGAUUAAGGUCCUAAACCCUACACCCAUCAAGCCCCCAAAUCUAGGGUUCAUGAGCAGAUAAAUCCAAGCAUCAUUGAUGAAUUGGGCCAGAAAACAUUUCGCAAGAAAAUUUGUAGAGAACCUUGGCUGAUGCUUGCUUCUAAGUUAAUUCCCCUGAAUUGGACCUGACCCUUGUGUCAGGUCGAUGAACCCUUUUUUUCUUCACCGUGUUACCCUAAGCCCUUGAGAUCCCCAUAAUAUUGGGGGUUCUCUCCCAUCAAUAUAAACCCUAAAUCCUAAAUCUUAAACCUAUAAAAGACCCAAAUCUAGAAUCCAUGACCAGAAAACUUCAAGUAACAUUCCCAAACUAUUUCCAAUUAAAGUGAUUUCGAAAGAAAAUUUCUCAAUAAUCUUGGCUGAUGCUUGCUGCUAAGUUAAUCCCUUAAAUUGGAUCCAACCCUGGUUUCAGGUCGAUGGACCCAAGGAGAGAGGACUUAUUUUUUCUUCGCCUGGUUACCCCAGUUCCUUGAGAUGCCCAAUAAUAUUAGGGUUCCUCCCAUCAAGAUAAACCAUUAGUCCUGAAUCCUAAACCCUAUCGAAGCCCUAAAAUCUAGAGUCCAUAAUCAGAAGAAUUCAAUCAGCGUUUAAAAAUAUUUCUAAUUCAGGUCAUUUGGAAAGAAAAUUUGCUGAUAAUCUUGGCUGUUACUUGCUUCUAUGUUAAUUCCCCUAAAUUGGAUCCGACCCUUUCUUCAGGCUGAUGGACCCAAGGAGAGAGAACCCAUUAAUAUAAACCCUAAGUCCUGAAUCCUAAACCCUAUUAAAACCCUAACUAUAGAAUCCAUGACUAGAAAACUGCAAGCAGCAUUGACAAACUAUUUCUAAUUCAAGUGACUUGUCAAUAAACUUGUCAAUAAUCUCUUUUUUUUUCCCCUUGAAUUGCAUCCAACCCUUGUUUCAGGUCGACGGAGCCGACAGGAUCGGGCAAGUCUUUCAAGCCUGGGACAUGGCAGCCCCCAACCUGA